AUGAGCUACAGGAACUCGGCUGGCUGUGAAGAACUCUGGCUCCUGACUCGCACUGCUGAAGCAGUAUGUGGUCAGGAGGAACGGGAGCAGCAGCAGUCUGACGCCAACGCCUCCUCAGCUGCCGUCUCCAUUCCUGCAAGCCGCAUGGUUCCGGGGGGAUCACAAGGACUCAUCCCCUCGGACUACAUGGAAAUCAGAGAGCUCUUUGAGCUAAAUCAGAGGACCCUGUCCCAGUGGGAAGAGUUUAACAUGAAGCUGUGCCGAUGUGUUUUUGGAGGACUUAUUUUCCACAUUAGGUCCUGUGACUGUCAACAAGCUGAUGUAUCUCUGUUUUUUUUCUCAUCUGUAGAAAACCUCAUCUUAUCUGCGGAGGAUGAGAGCAAGAGAGGCGGUAAGAGAAAGAAGAAGAGGAGGCCAGACCUGGACCUGACAGAGACCAAGGACGACAAACUGUGCACCCCACAAAAUUUGCCCGCACACGUUCAAAGAGAGCUCCCUAGCACGUCUGAACUAAGUUCAGCGCCUGCAAUGGAUAGGACUAGGUCGACUAGGAGGCUUCAAAGGAGGACCUGUCCUUGCACAGAGACCGUCUUGCAGCACAGGACAAUGGUCUCCGAAGGUGAACACCCAGACACCUCUGAAGAGGAGCUCCGUGAGAGACUGUUGAAGAGGAAAGCCAGAGAAGACGGAGAAGGACCGUCCUCUUCAGUGGAUGUUCACAGAGAAAACCUGACGGAGACCAAGGACAGGACCAAACUCUACUCUGCACAAAAGUUGCCCGUCCACAUGCGAAGAGCUGCAUUCGAGGCCAAAUACAAACAACAGAAGAAGCUCGGCGAAGGAGGGUGUGGAUCUGUGUUUGCUGGCUAUCGCAAAGCAGAUCAUUUGCCUGUUGCCAUCAAACACGUUCCAAGCGAGACUCAGUUCAUCAAACACGUGUACAAGAACGGGAAUACGGUCUCCGUGGAGGUCGCCGCCAUGUUGAAACUCGCCGCCAAUACAAGUGGCUCAGCGGCCUCCUCGGCACCUGUGUCCCUACUGGACUGGUAUGAUCUGGAACAUGAGCUGAUCCUGGUGCUGGAGAGACCAGUCCCCUGCGUGGACUUGGCCACGUACAUCUGCUCAAAGGGAGGCUCCUUAAAAGAGGAAGAGGCCAAGAUCAUCAUGAAACAGCUGCUUGAUGCAGCAAUUGAGCUUCAGGAUAAGAGCAUCUUUCACCGGGACAUCAAGGUGCAAAAUAUCUUGAUCGAGACUGGCUCGGACGUCCCGCGAGUUCGCCUCAUUGACUUUGGUCUGAGCUGCUUCGUCAAGAGCUGCUCCACUUACCAACACUUCUACGGUACCGCUAAUCACAUCCCUCCGGAGUUGUACAUUAAUCAACGCUACAGGGCCGGCCCCACCACAGCGUGGCAGAUGGGAGUGGUCCUGUUUGAAGCGCUCCACAAGAACACAUCUUUUGAGACCCUCGCGUUCCUCCAAAACAGUCUGAGAAUCAGGAAGACGCUGCCCAAAGGUAACAAAAACAUACACAAACAUGUCAACAGACACUAAUCUGUUCAUUUCAGUUCACGUUCUGAUGGAUCUCUGUA